AAAUCCAAAUGACAGUCGUCACAACGUGCAUACAAUCAAUGAAACCAAUAAUUUACUUACAAUAUUACAAAAAAUACUUGAACAGAAUUAACAAAUACGCAAAAAUCCACUUUUGAUAAUCAUUAUAUCAAUAAUACAUCCGAGAAACAAACCAAAUUUGCAAAUUGCGCGGCAUCUGCCGGAAGCUUGGUGGCAACGCAAAAAGCAAAUUUCCAAUCGCGGGAACGCUACUAAUGGAAUUACUCAAGUUGAAAUUAAUAAACCUCAGCAAGAUCUUACAUCUUUUCGUUAUAAGUUCUCAAAUACUAAAAGGUUAUGUGACUUAUUUACUAAAAUUAAAUCAUGGGUAGACCGAGAAAAAACGCAAGACAGCGCUUUAAGGCUCCGAAUGGGAGUAAGUGGCCUCCUACAUUUAAACUGGGAUGGUUUACAGCCGCCAAAAUUUGUUUGGAGGAGGUGGCUAUCAACGAUGUUAUUCUGAGAGUGCCCCUGAAACCCUACACGGAUCUUGAACCAAAACGAAAGCGAGGGCGGCCACCGCUGGUUCAGAAACAUGUGAUACAAUAUGUCACCAAGUCGAAUGUUGGACGUGGGGUUAAAAGAGAGAUUAAUACUUGGCUCCAAAAACCAAAACGAAAACGGCCUCCGCUGGUUAAGAAACGACUGAUACAAUAUGUUACAAAGUUGAAUGUUGGACGUGGGCUUAAAAGAGGGAUUCAUAAGCGUUUCGAAAGUGGGACUACAAAUGGACCGUCAACGAAUCAGAAACGUGAAAACAGGACUAGAAAAAUGAUUCAACAACGCAGGACAAAUUUACGAAGUGAAGAUAAGUCUAGGAAAAAUGGAAAAAUUGAACGUGGGACCAAAAGAAAACUUGUGACCUCGGUAGAAGGUACUCUUGACUUGAAAGAGCAACCUUUGACUUUAAAACGUUUGGUAACUAAUCUCAAAUCUAGUGAAGUUGAAUCUAGGUUUAGAAAUGGUAAAAGACGAAUUCAUUUACCAGCUGUGAAGCGUUCGACUAGUUUAAAAUUGAAUAAAUUGACGUUUGGUUUUGAAAAAUUGUGCCAGUGUUUGGAUGAAAUUCGAUUUCCGUCACCUGAAUGGAAAGUUUCAGUGAUUAUGAACUACGACCUGAAGACUGAAAUUAGAUUUUACAAUACUGUGAAACCAAAAAGUGUUAGUUUUUCCGAGAAACACCUUAAGAUUGCAAUAGAUAAAGUACCAGUUGUACUAUUAGGCUGUCCUAAAACUGUUGAAUCUUUAAGAGAUAUCGAAAUUUUAUUAGAAAUUGUUAAUAGACUAGAUUUACGCGACUGUAUGGUUGCAAGAAUGUGAUUUUAUUUAUUUUCUACAUUUAUAUUUCCUUUUUGUAAGUUACAUAUUGACCCAAAAGAAAUUUUUAUAACCAACA